GUGCUCAGGCUCAGCGGGAGACGACGCUCGACUCACGUCACCGCGGAGGACUGCGACGAAGCUCCCGUUAAAUUUUUGCCAAUUUGGCGAUAAACCACCUCGCUCUGCUCGAGUACCGGCGGGCGGGGAGACAAACCACCGCGUCGAGUGUUCUCGAAGCGCACCUCCACUGGUCGGUUAGGGUGGUUUUUGUCCACGGCGCUUUGAAGUGGAGGAAAAUCCCAAAUAAUACACAACGUAACCAGCGCGAUGUGAAGAUGGUGGAUGUUGGCCGCCUGAGUCCACACUGACCUGUGGCCCUAAUCCAAUUCCAAUCCAGUUCUCACCCAACAGGAGCACGUGUGCACGGUGGACGUACGGCGGGAGAUCGAGAUUAAAAGAAGUAGAGCGUGAGAUGGGGGACAGCUACAUGUACCGGAGACUUCCCUACACCAGGGGAGGAGAGGAGGCCGACGAGGAGGACGCGGAGGAGAGAGCGAGGAUGCCAGACAAUGCCGGGAGACAAAUGAUGCAGGGCGAGGAGGGCACGGAGUGGCUUCUGGAACUUCUGACGGACGUUCAGCUGCAGCAGUACUUCCUGCGCAUCCGCGACGAGCUCAACGUCACGCGGCUCUCGCACUUCGACUACGUCAAGAGUGAAGACCUGGAGAAGAUCGGCAUGGGGCGCCCCGGUCAGAGGAGGCUGUGGGAGGCCGUCAAGAGGAGACGAGCGCUUUACAAACGCAAGUCCUGGAUGAGCAAGGUGUUUCCCGUCAAGCGUGCCGAAGCGGACUCCCAGCCGGCCCUCUCGCUCGGGCCGGAGGCGUCCGGCGGGUCAUCGUCCGCCGGGGAUUCCGCGGCCUCGCUCACCUGCCUGAUCCGAGAGGCGGAGCUGCAGCUGUUUGAGCGCCUGGGCGACGGCACCUUCGGGGUGGUGCGUCGCGGCGAGUGGAGCACCCCCAGCAGUCGAGUGCUGUCUGUUGCGGUGAAGUGUCUCAAGGCUGGCGUGCUGGAAUCGGACGGUCUGGACGACUUCAUUAGGGAGGUGAACGCUAUGCACUCCCUCAGCCACCAGAACCUGAUCCGCCUCUAUGGGAUCGUCCUGACGCAGCCCAUGAAGAUGGUGACCGAGCUGGCUCCGCUGGGCUCGUUGUUGGACCGUCUGAGGAAGCGUCAGGGUCACAUCCUCAUCUCUUCGCUCUGCAACUACGCCGUGCAGGUGGCGUGCGGCAUGGCCUACCUGGAGCAGCGCCGCUUCCUCCACCGCGACUUGGCGGCACGCAACGUGCUGCUGUCCACCAACGAGACGGUGAAGAUCGGCGACUUCGGCCUGAUGAGGGCGCUGCCGUCCCACGCCGACCACUACGUCAUGGAGGAGGGCCACAAAGUCCCUUUCCCAUGGUGCGCUCCAGAGUCGUUGAAGACUCGCACGUUCUCGCACGCGUCCGACACCUGGAUGUUUGCCGUCACCCUGUGGGAGAUGUUCACCCACGGCCGUGAGCCGUGGCUGGGCCUGAACGGGAGUCAGAUCCUCCACAAGGUGGACGUGGAAGCGGAGCGGCUGUGCAAGCCGGACGACUGUCCGCAGGACAUCUACAACGUCAUGCUGCAAUGCUGGAGCCCCAAACCCGAGGACAGGCCCACCUUCGUGGCCCUCCGGGACUUCCUCAUAGAGAGCACGCCCACAGACAUGAGAGCUCUGCAGGACUCUGUUGAGGACGACAAGCUCCAAAUUCAGAUGAACGAUGUCAUCACCAUCAUUGAGGGAAGGGCCGAGCACUACUGGUGGCGCGGCCAGAACCGGCGAACUCUGCGUGUGGGCCAGUUCCCUCGCCACGUGGUGACGGCGGUGACCGGCCUGUCGGCGGACGACAUCAGUAAACCCUUAAAGCACUCGUUCAUCCACACGGGGCACGGAGACACCGACCCGCAUCGGAGCUGGGGCCACGCCGACCGCAUAGACAGUCUCUAUUUGGGGAACCCCAUGAAGCCCCCCGAUGUGCUCGGAAUGGACCCUUGCACCUCCAGACCGACCAAACUCCCCAACCGGGCCAAGAAGCAACCCCCUCCUCGCCCUCCCCAGCCUGCGGUCCUGCUCAAGAAGCCCUACUACGAUUCUGUGAUGGAGGACUACGACGACAACGAGGACGACGCCUCCCCCGCCGGCGUUCGUCGCGGCCCCGCCCGUCCGAGCGUGUCCCUGGGCCUGAAGCUGCGCCCGUGGGAGAGCUGCGGCGCCGCCCGGCCGGAUGGCGGCGAGGUGUCGCUCAUCGACUUCACCGACGAUAGCUUCAGCUCCGCCACCACGCCCUCGCCGCUCACGGAGACGCUGCCGCACGACAAUGACACGCUCAAGGACACCCCCUCCAUCCUGGACUGGCCCCUCCCGCAGCCGGCCUACGACGAGGUGGCCGCAGAGCUGCAGGAGCAAUCGGAGGACCAGGAGGUGCGCUCCAUCAACAAGGGGCUGCCCGAAGAGGUCCCGGCCACUCCCGCCCCCGCCACGUUGGCCCGCAACGAGUCACAGUCAGCCGACCUCUUCCAAGAACUCCAGAGAGAGGUGAUGGUGAAGCUCCAGGUUCCCAUGGCGACGGGCCGCUCACUCCCUUCCUCGCCGCUCCCCCUGCCGCCGGCUCCCCUCGCUCCUCACCGGCAGAUCUGCCUGCCGCCGCCCUCGCCCCUUUCCGGCUCGGAGGACCGGCCCGUGCCGCCGCCCCGCAGCCCUGCCCCUCCGCUGCGCCCCGCCAAGCACGGCCCCGCGGCGGGCGGCUCCUACGCGCACCACAGCUCCAUCUCCCUGGAGCUGGAGGAGGCGCCCCCCCAGCUGCCGCCCCGGGACCGGGCCCUCUCGCAGCCGGGCUCGCGCUCGUCCUCGCCCCUCACCCUGGCCCCGCCGCCGUCGUCCCCGUCACCCGUGGCGCUGCAGCCGCCCCCCCUCUCCGUGUCCCCUCGCCGGGCCUCCGGCCUCCUGGGUCCUCUCCUGUCAUCCUCCUCGUUGGCCUCGCCUCCCAGAGUGACGUCUUUAUACUCCUCCGGCUCCUCUUUGGACCUGUUGGCCUCGCGCGAGGCUCAAGGCCCUUCCCCGGCGAUUGACGGCUCACAGAGCUCCGCCCGCGCCCCGUUGCCAGAGCGACCGGCUCUACUGGAAAGAUAUGGUGCUGCCAACAUGGCAACGGUCAAACCCAUGAUUCAGCAUCCCGCCCGAGCCAAGCCCAACUCCUCCCACAACAACAACAACAACGGACGACCGGCGGCUGCCGACGCGCAACAGGAGCUGAGCGUCGAACAGGUCCGAGAAGCCGUCCACGGCGUCACGCUGGACGAGUGUCAGGCCGCCCUGCAAGCUCACAACGGGGGGGUUCAGCAGGCCAUCAACCACUUGAAGGUGGAGCAGUUGUUCCGCGUGGGCCUGCGCUCGCGACAUGAGUGCGAAGCGCUCCUACGACGCUGCCAGUGGAACCUGGAAGAGGCUAGCUCGCUAAUGCUGGACACGUACGGGCCACACUGCAACAGGAAGUGACAGCAGAUGACUCAUCCACACAAGGACCAGAGAAUGUUCGUCUCUUUUAGGUACUGUGAAAAGCAGCUCGCACCACCUGUGUUGCAUUAUCCCACAAUGGAACUGCCUAUUUCUUUUCAUGUAAUUCAUAUAAUACUGAAAUUUCCCUUUCAACAAAGGUGGAAAUAAAUGUGACGUGAAAGAAUGGCAUGUGUUGCUUCAUGCAAGAAGUCUCCAAAAAGUUUUUGUUAAAAAUCAGGACGUGUAGCUAUUGUGGAAGUCUUGUUUGUACCCUUACCUGUGACCUUUCCAUUAUGGGACAACAAUCUCUCCAACCCCCCCAGGGCUCGUAUUGAUCGCUGUGCAUGGCGCCACGUUGGAUCAGUGUGAUCCCUUGGACAGCCUUUCUGAUCCGCGACAGCACUCCGCCGCCACGUUCACUGCUGUUGCGUGUUGAGCGCACGCACAACAUUUACUGAAAACAAUAGUUGAAAUAAGUUGAAUUUGUUUGUGUACCACCCCUUCAACGCAGACGGAAACAAACGAGACAGUCCAAAUGAACCUCACCUGACUGGCUUGGUGAAGCGUAUUUAUCAAAUCGCAUGCUCGUGAUUAGCAGGAGAGGUAAUUAAAUGCUGACUCAUGGCCAGCCAGCCGUGUCCUCAACUUUGCUGCUGAUACUCGAGGGCUGUUAAAACUUCCAGCAUUGUUUAUAUAGGUGAACAUUGCGCGCACAUGUAAAACAAACUUGACGUGGACUUUUUUCCACUGUGCAUAAUUUCUAGUAGUUCUGUUUAUUUCUGUUGUGCAAAGUGGUGGUUGUCACAAAUAACUGGCAAGAGGAACGAUCACAUUAAAUAGUUACAAGUACAUUGGGCCAUAUUCUUCCCUCCAUGCAAAAGUCCUUUUUUACGCGCCAGGACUUACACACUUUUCAUCGCCACAUAUUCUCCUGUCCAGACUUCUGAUACCGUGCCGAAGGUGGGAAUGAACGCAGGAACACCAAAGAGCUGUGAUUCACUGACAUGUUGGCUUCAAAUCAUGGAACCGUGGAUUUUUCGUGAAACUUGUGAAUGUCAUUGAAAUCCCUGAAAAAAAUAAAGCACACUUUAAAUUUGAAAAUGCCGUACACCAGCAGAUGCAGUGUGUACUCAGCCUGCUCCGGCGCAUAUUUAUUUAUUAUGUAUGAAAUAAAUCCAAUAAAAGAAAUGUAAUCAGUA